CGCCUCUCGGCCCCGGCCGCCCGCCGCGGUGGAGGCGCUCGGCGCUCGGCUGCGGCGGCCUGGCGGCUAUCCGCUCUUCUCUCCCUCUCAAGAUGGCGGCGGUCGGCGGCGCUGAGGCGGGAGCCGGGCCCGCGGAGUGAAGAAGCUCAGGACUACUGAGAUCCAGAAGGAGAAGAGUAAUGCUCACACUGGCCCAAUGGAAGAUACUGAAGGCCUGGUCCUGUAGCGGGGAAGGAGUCUGGAAACGUCGCCACAUUCUCAGUCCUGCAGGACGGCCAUGGCUUAUGAUGACUCCAGGAAGAAAGAAGAUUGCUUUGAUGGUGACCGAAGUUUGGAGGACAUAGGACUGGCAGCUGGCCGGAGCCAACGAGAGAAAAGACGUUCUUACAAGGAUCUUUUAAGAGAAGAAGAGGAGAUUGCUGCUCAGGUCAGGAAGUCCUCCAAGAAGAGACUGAAGGAGAGAGCUCUCUUCUCCCUGGGCACGGACACGCACAAGAGGAGGAGGAAGCAUUCCUCCGGCGAGUCCUGCUAUGGAGAUCUUUCUCCUUUGGAGUCAUCACAGAAGAAAAAAAAGAAGGUGGUACCAAGUCCCCCAACCUCUGAUACAGCCAUGGACCUACUAAAGGCCAUCACAUCCCCCCUAGCAACAGGCUCCAAACCCCCCAGAAAGACUGGGGAGAAAUCCUCAUUUUCUUCCUUUAGCUCCUCAAGCUACUCAGAAAGCAAAAAGGAGCAGCACCCCAGGAAAAAAGUGAGCAGCAGCAGUGGGGAGCUUUCCCUUGAGGACAGCGGCUUCCACAAGGCCAAAAAAAUGAAGCCUCUCUAUGUUAAUACAGAGACCUUGACCCUUCGAGAGCCAGAUGGCUUAAAAAUGAAACUUAUUCUCUCGCCCAAGGAGAAGGAAGGUAGGACAGGUGAUGAGGAACCUUUUCAGAAUCCUUCUCAACAGGGGACAACCAAAAAAUCCUCUAAGAAAUCAGCUCGAGAUGAGCAGGGCACUUUUCUCCUUGGGCACGAGCUGCACAGUUUCCUAAAAACAGCCAGGAAGAAGCACAAGCCAGCCCCAGACCAACAUCCCUCACCUGGCCCGGAAAGCUUUGGGUCAGAUGCUUCCAUCUUUCCAGAGUCACACACCGCUGACUAUGAGCUCUCAAAUGUUGAACCUGCCCUGGAGUCAGGCUCAUCCUCUGGGGGUGAGCUAGAGGCCGGUGAACUAGUGAUUGAUGACUCUUACCGGGAGAUUAAGAAGAAGAAGAAAUCCAAGAAGAGCAAAAAGAAGAAAGACAAGGAGAGGCAUAAGGAGAAGCGCCACUCCAAGUCUAAGAAGGGCCCUGGACUCUCUGCUGCAGUCACCACUAUAGGAGAGGCCACGGGCACCAGCCCUGCACCCCCACCCCCUACCAGCACACCUUUCCCUGGAGCUGUGCCUCCACCACCGCCGCCGCCACCGUUGCCGCCACCACCACCACCACCACCACCACCACCAGUCUUCCACACUGAUGGACAGAGUGAGAAGAAGAAGAAGAAAGAAGAGAAGGAGAAAGAAAAGGCAGAGAAAGCAGAAAAGCCAAAGAAGAAAAAUAUGUCUGCCUACCAGGUAUUCUGUAAGGAGUACCGGGUCACCAUUGUGGCGGAGCAUCCUGGAAUAGAUUUUGGAGAACUUAGCAAGAAAUUAGCUGAAGUAUGGAAACAACUUCCAGAAAAAGACAAACUGGUUUGGAAGCAGAAGGCCCAGUACCUCCAGCACAAGCAGAACAAGGCUGAAGCCACUACAGUGAAGAGGAAGGCAGCUGCCAGCUCUGACGGGGCUGUGAGAGUCAAAGCUUCUACUGCUGGAGUGAUGUCGCCUCAUAAAAAGUCCCCUUCCAGCACUGUGGUGUUAUCUUCCUCCCCAGCCAAAGUCCCUGAGACAGAUCCCAUUGAUGUAGCUGCACACCUUCAACUCUUAGGAGAAUCAUUGAGCCUCAUUGGUCACCGCCUACAGGAAACAGAGUGUGCCAUCCCUUCUUUUCAGGGCAUGGUGGCCGUUUCUGGAAGUCUUUCGGUGCUCCUAGAUUCUAUCAUCUGUGCUCUUGGCCCUCUGGCAUGCCUGACCACACAACUGCCUGAGCUGAAUGGCUGCCCAAAGCAGGUCCUGUCAAACACUCUGGACAACAUCGCCUAUAUCAUGCCUGGACUCUGACAACUAAGAAUUCUGGGUCACAUACUCGCCCUGCCCCAUUGCUGGCUCACGUGGACACAGACUGUUCUAGCGCCCUGUGCUGGCUUCUGGGUGUAGGUUUUAAUGUUUUUAAUCCAUGUACCAUAUACACAUAGGAUUGUAACUACCUACUUUUAACAAUUUAUGGAAAGUGAAGGCUCAGCUAGGGAGAGCCUUGGCUUAAAUGUGGGUUUGGGAUUUUCAUUUUGUUUUGCUUUUUUUUCUCUGGUGGUGGAUCAAUCUGCCUUAAAAUCAAAGAAACUUGGGGGCCUGGGGGAGGGAGGGAGGGUUUGUUCUGGGCACCGAAGGCACCUCUUUUAUGGACAGAUAAAAUAUGGUGGUUUUGUUCCAAGCUGAGUAUUGUCCCCCAGACCUAUCAUUGACCGUUUGCCUUAUCUAUCUUGUAGUCUGAAGUGUACUAGGGAAGAGGGUAGAGAAAACAAAUCCUUUCAGCUCAAGGUGACCAUCUCUCCUUCACUCCCAGGUGGGAAGUGACAGUCAUUUCCAUCUGGAGAGAAAGAACAGGCUUAGGCAAGGGAUAACUGUAGCUCUUGGUACCAUUGUUAGUCCUGAUGGUGCCAAGGAAGUAGGAGCCCCAGGCCCUCUACAGCUGGGUGUGCCAGCUCUGACAUCACUGGAUCCCUCAGGGGAUAAUAAGUGUGACCACUGCCAGAGCCCCUCGUUGAACUGCACUUAUUCUGAACCUUCGCCAGAGGCCUGGAGGCUCCAGGCAGAAAUGUGGAGUCCUCGGCAGUGUAAGACAGGGCCACUGAGGCCACUCCAGGGUCACUGCUUCAGGUGUGCGACGGCAAUAGAAGACAUCAGUUUGCUCAGCCUGGCUCUCCCUCUUGACCCAUCAUCUGGGGUCUCCUAGCAUGCAAGGACUGAGCAUUCUGCACUCUGCUCAUGAGGGAGCUGCAGGAAAGCACUUGAUUCCUAGGUAGUUUUGUAUAUGUGUGUAUGUGUGUAUGCGUGUGCGUUUUAAUCAUGUAUAUUUAACGCUUUAAAAUCUGUUUAGUUUUUAAUUUAUCCUGUAAAUUUCUGUAUAUAUAAUUUAAUAACAAAAGACCUCCACCAGCAGCAGCAUGGAGAAGAUUCAGAUUUGUUAGAAUUGUACCUCUUCCCAUCCCUUGUCCCUAUUCUCCCUCCAGGCUGCCCUGGAAACCUUAACACACCUGUAGCUUGAGGCAUUUCUUGACAAAAAAGAAUCAUUCCAAGGAUUCUGACUCCUUAUGGAGAAACAUGUGGGCUGUGCAGAAGGUGAAGGGCUAAGGCACAGAUGUGUGUGCGUUUGUGUGUAUGUGUGAGAGAAAGAGUGAGAGAGGGAAACCAUGACCUCUUAGCCUUGUUUCCACACAACCAAAAUAACUUCAUCUUCUUAUAGGAAAAAAAGCAAUUAAGUUUGGGGGCAAGAGGUCUGCUUGGAUUUGGUCUGGUCCUUGUGGUCUGCCUCCUAGUCAGCUGCUUGCUGGCUCUUCUGUGAGGAGCCUCUCGGGCUCCCAUUUCCCCCCUUCCCCUUCCCCCCACCUCCCCUCCAUCACACAGCCAUGAUAUCACUGAGCUCGGCUUUGGGAUGGUCACUAAUUGCUGUAUCACCCCACCACCACCAUGACCUAAGGUUGCUGUGUGGUUUAAUCAAAGAACAGGGAGGAAAGAGAAGGAAUGGAAAGCAGUUGAGUUGGCCUCUUGACCCAGAGCUUUGUUGCACACCAGUAAAAGCUUCCAUUUUAACAAGGAGGGAACGCUGAGACUUGGAUCCAGAACCUGAAGAGGUUCUUUCUAAGUUUGCCAUUUAUAGAGUAAGGAAAUUCCGAUGUGGGUCCAUUCUUUGUUUUUGUUUUGUUUUCAAAACCGAACCCUAUUGUAUUUGUAUUUAAAAUUUGUACACAUUUGUAUAAUAAUCUGUACCUCGUGGCAUUUGGUACUCUUAGAGGGAAAUCUUUGGAUUCAGACCUACUUACAGUUUUUAUAUCAUUGCUUUGGUUUGGUUUUUUAAACAAAUCCUAGUGGUUUGGUCCAAAUCCCAUUAAAGUUGUAUAAAGAAAUAAAAUUUUGUACUUAUAUAUUAAAAAAACCCACAUUUUUAAUA